AUGCUAGUAAUGCAGAUAUUAAUAAUAAAGGCUGCUUCUUCUCCUGCUCAAUCAAAAAUAUUAGAAGAAACUAACUCUAAUGACGGCAGCGUAACAUUUAUUCGGUACUAUACCGAAAUAUUUGCAUAUAACAGCUUCAAGACUUCUAACGGACUAACCAGAAAUGAAAUCGGUACAGUGAAGAAUGGCCAGAAGCAUCACGUGAAAGGUUCCUACUCUUACACCGAUCCGGACGGCAAUGAUGUGGUCGUUCAUUACAAAUCCGACGAAAACGGAUAUGUCACUGUAGAUGAUGUCACUUCAGAAGCAACAGAAACGCCACCAAAGGCACCACUGGCAAAAAUUCCAUCAAUUGUGCUAUCACACCAACUGAAAGUUCCACCGUUUGUGUGGUUCCGUCAGCCUGUUAUCUCACCAUUUGUUAUGUUUCAUCAACUUGGAAUUCCAAUCAUGUUAUUCCCUCAGCUGGCAAAGAAAACAGCUUUGCCGUCUUAUCAGGAAAUAUCAUCAGCUGUGCAAACUCAUAACCUGGAAACAUUGACAGCCAUGCCGGUCAUUAAGCCGAAAGAAAAACCACAUGUGCCAUCAGAUCCCGGUCAAAUCCCGGCAAACGUCCCAGAUAGAAUCACACAUGUGCCAUCCUAUCCAGUCCAUCCGGGAAAAAUCCCGACAACUGUGCUGGACAGUAAACUACACAAUCAGACCAUACCAUUUGUACCGUACAACUAUGACGAUAUAAUAGACGUGCCAAACCGUCAGUCGGAAGUCACUCAGGAGGUGGGUUUACUAAAUAACUAUAAAGCUUAUUUUAGAGUUUUUUCUGGGUGGGUUAAGAAAAAUAGCUCUAUUUAUUUUUAGCCUAGAGGUAAGUCGCACGGC